ACUUCUUCUUCUUCUUCUUCGCCCCUAAAUUGAACCUUUGUUCUUCUUCUUCUCCUCCAAUUCUUGCGUGGAGAGAGGACAGAUCUGGAUCUAGUUCGACGACGAUCAUGGAUUCCGAUCCCCAUUCUUCGUUCGUUCCUCUUCACGGAUCAGAAUCGGAGGCGAAUCGCCUUGGUCUCCCCCUUCCGCCGCAGCCGCCGCCGCCGCCGACAGGCGACAAGCCGCCGCGCCGCCCCCGCGCAAGGCAGGUCAGCUCUCGGUACCUCUCACCCUUCCCCUCCCCUUCCUCCUACUCUUCUCACGAAACCCUAAACGUCGCCGCCUCCUCGAGAAACUCGUCGCCUAAGAUCCAUCCGAUCCAGAAGUUUCACCCAUCUCGCUUUAGCCCCUGCCACGUACCUUCAGAAGAGGCUGACGAGAACCAACCACUUACUGGUGCCGUCAGGCGCAGCUCCGAAACUCCCCUCCCCGGUACCUCCUUUCAUUCUAAGCCCCCCGGGACCCUCAAGAAGAAGGCUGUAGUUAGACUUUUCGCUGACAACAACCACCACGAGGCGGCGGAGCAACCCCCUCCUCCGGCCAGGCCAGUCGAUCCGAAGCGGCGACAGAGGCCUGGAACCCCGAUUGCACAUUCUGCUCUUGAUCCCGCUACUGUCAUCCCUAGAGCGAAAAAGAACCGCCCCCCUACGCCGGCGCAAGUUAGCCUCUUUCCUUAUGAAAGCAGCGUUCGUGGAGGAGAAAAGAGCCGAUCGGAGGAUACCUCGUCGGAGAAUUCGUUCUCAGAUGCGGAGAUAUGCAGCGUCAGUAGUCAAGGAGAAAUCUGCGAUAGCCCGCCCCUCAUCCCUCCAGCGUCAUCCAGGUUGAGGGCGACCGGCGAUGUCCGGUCCUCCAUGCCAGAGGUUGACCUCUUGCCGACCAUGUCCGCCAGAAGGCAAGAUGCGGGCGAGGAUGCUUCAUGUAGAGCGUCGACCAAUUCCAUCAGCCUCCGCUCCCUGGGCUCGGCGUUGCCCAGCCGACAACAACAGCACCCUCUCAAUCUGAGCAAAUCUGUCAGUAGGCCGCUCUUUCCGUUGAAGCCACCCCAACCGCCGUGCGCUAAACCCGUUACAGGGGCAAAAAAGGUCCCCAAAUCAUCUGCUCGGCAGGAGGAUAUCCACAUGCUUAGGCUACUUGACAAUAGUUACAUGCAGUGGAGAUUUAUCAAUGCAAAAGCUCGGGCCACAGAGGAAGCCAAGCGAGUUAUUGCCCAGAGGUCACUAUAUGGAACAUCAACUAGGAUUUCUGAGCUUCAAAACUCUGUCAAGGAGAAAAAAGUCCAGCUCGAAGAGCUGAAAAGAAGUAGGAACUUACUAUCCAUCAUUACUCAUCAAAUUGCACAUUUGGGUGAAUGGAACAGUGUUGAAGAAGACUAUUCAUGUUCUCUUUCGGGGAUAACUAAAGCUCUGCAGGAUGCAUCACUUCGACUCCCAGUUGCUGAAGAUGUUAAGGUUAAUAUCAGAGAACUUGAAGAAGUUCUGAACUCAUCGUUGCUUAUGGUGGAGGAAUCUUUGUCGUCAUUCAUGGAAAAAUUUCAACCAAAGGCUGAAGAUAUCGACAUUGGAGCUUCAGAUCUAGCAAGUUGCAUCAGUAAUGAGAGAAUUCUGAUUGAGGAAUGUGGAAAUCUUUUAUCACAAACACACGAGAUGCAAGUCAAGGAAUGCAGUUUGAGAGCCCAACUUAUUCAAGCCAAGCGAAGUAGUCAAUAGAUGGAUCGAUCCUCCAGUUUGAGAGCUCAAUUCUUUCUUUCUCAAAAAUGGGCAACAAAUGCAACAUAGUUUGGUGAAGGCUCGUCUUGGAACCCUAGUUCGUCACACUAUUCUUUUUGCUGUCAUGGAUUCAUAAUCCAUGGCAAAGGCAAUAAUACCUGAGAGAAAAUUCAGUGUCGACUAACUUAAAGCAAACAAAGUCUUCGAUUUUUUUAAAUUUUUUUCCCCUUGUAUCUUGUAUCUUGUAUCUUGUAUCUUGCUUCUUACAUUCAUGCUUUCAUGAAUUUUUCACUGUGAAAUAGUGUUAACAGAUAUUUCAUAUUCUUUGAUUUUUAAAA